UCCAGAGCUCCCUCAGCUCCAAAAGAAGAAGAAGAAUGUUAUGUUAUGAUAAGUGCUAACCCGUCUGCCCGUCUUUGUGAAACGUAAACAUUGGCAAGCGUAGAGCGGUUGAGGUUACCGGCACAAUUCCUCCAAUUUAGUAACUUGUACGAGUACGAACUGAAAUGUGAGGCACUGUCUAGGUCACGCUAGUAGUAACUAGCCUGUGGAUGCUGGAGACUAUUCUGCCAGAGUCAGACUGCCGUUAAGACACGUGGACAAGUCUUCAGAGAGCCCAAAAAUUUUUGAUUAAAAAUCAAUACUCUGUCAGUCGCAAUUUCAACUAUAUAACACUAACCACCAUCCUGUUCUGAGGCUGUAAGCCCACAAUCACAUAGGAGUUUGCCAGACUGGAUCAUUGUUGACUGUAAAAAGGCUAAAAAUUGAAUUCAUUUUCAUAUAUUAAAAUUUCUGAUAUAACUUGAAUUUUCUGCCAUUUAUGAUUAUUUACACAAUUGAAGAUGGAUGAUAAUGAUAUUGAAGAUCUUAUAUUAUCUGAUGAUUUUUGGGAUACUACAGCUAGAAUGGCAAGAAACACCAUAGUGCCCAAAGUGCGAAGAAGGAAGAAAACGUUUGAAAAUGAUGACGCAUCUCAGUCAACUACGAAGGAUGCUGCCUAUGUUAUUACAAAGGAAUCUGGCUGUGGAAAACCUAACUGUUGCAUCCAACUAGCUGAACAAGUGGAAACUAAGAAGAAAGAAGUUACUCAAAAUUAUUGCAGUAGCAGUGUAGCCAGCCUAGACUCUCAAAUUAGCCUUGACUCUCAGUUGCCAACUUGUAAUGGAAUUGUAGGAACUCCAGUUUCAAACAAUUCUGGUGCAGAAGGGUUCAUAUUUUCUCAUAGCUUAAAAUCCAAUGGCUCAUCAGCAAUUGAUCAUCUACUUGACACGCGCAAUGAAAGUGAUAUCCCUGGCCAUGCUAGAGUGUUUGUUAGGACUUGGGGUUGUGCUCACAACAGUAGUGACUCGGAAUACAUGGCUGGACAGUUAGCAGCUUAUGGAUAUGAUAUAGUAGAUGAUAAACUAGAAGCUGAUCUGUGGCUGCUCAACAGUUGCACUGUGAAGAAUCCUGCUGAACAUCACCUCAGAAACGAAAUAAAUGCUGCUCAUGCCUUGGGCAAAAAGGUUGUGGUUGCUGGCUGUGUCUCACAGGGUGCACCCAAGUCUGAGUUCCUGGCUGGCCUGAGCAUCGUGGGAGUGCAGCAGAUCGAUCGAGUUGUUGAGGUAGUUGAGGAGACUCUUAGAGGAAACAGUGUGAGACUACUUGGAACUAAAAAGAAGUCAGGCAAGAAAUUGGGAGGGGCUUGUCUUCAGUUGCCUAAGAUUCGAAGGAACCCGCUCAUUGAAAUAAUAUCAAUCAAUACUGGCUGCCUCAACCAGUGCACUUACUGCAAGACCAAGCACGCGCGCGGCCAGCUUGGCUCCUAUCCUGUCGAUGAGCUGGUGGCGCGGGCAGUGCAGUCUUUUAGCGAGGGCGUUGUGGAGAUCUGGCUGACGUCAGAGGACACCGGAGCGUAUGGUCGUGAUAUUGGCACCAGCCUGCCUGAACUUCUGCGCCGCCUCGUGGAGGUCAUCCCACCGCGCUGCAAACUCAGGCUUGGCAUGACCAACCCACCCUACAUUCUCGACCACCUCAAGGACAUGGCAGAGAUUUUGCGGCAUCCUCGAGUGUACAAGUUUCUUCACGUGCCGGUUCAGAGCGGCAGCGACAACGUCCUGUGGGACAUGAAGAGGGAAUACAGGAGGGAGCAGUUCUGCACCGUCGUCGACACGCUCAGUGAAAAUGUCCCUGGCAUCACGAUAGCGACUGACAUCAUAUGCGGUUACCCCAGUGAAAAGGCUGAGGAUUUUGAAGAGACUAUGAGUCUGUGUCGCAAGUAUCGCUUCCCGUCACUCUUCAUCAACCAGUUCUACCCCAGGCCCGGAACUCCCGCUGCACGCCUGCCCAGGAUUGAUCCAAAGCUUGUAAAAAGCCGCACGAAGCAGUUGAGCGACUUCUUCCAGUCGUAUCGGCCGUAUGAUCACAAGCUGGGGAAGGAGCAAGAAGUGCUUGUCACCGAGGAAUCUCAUGACAAAAAAUUCUGGGUUGGACACAACGAUUUCUAUGAACAGGUAUUGGUGCCUAAGGAAGAGAAUUAUUUAGGUAAAGUUCUGCGGGUUGUGAUAACGGAGACGGGCAAACACUUCAUGAAGGGGCGUGUGGUGACUACGCCUGCUGAUCGCCUUGUAUCACCUGCUGUGGCGCCAACUUUACCACAGGGUGUUGUUUCUGGUACUUCUGACGCGACUCUCAAGAACGGCACUCUCACGUCCGACCAAGAUCUCGCCACGCGCAAACAGGAGCUUGCACGACAGGAGAAAUGGAUCCUGCUUAGCUUCGUUGUGAUAAUCUCGGCUUUGCUCGUUAAACUCGCUUGGGUUUGCUUGAGGAUAAUUUCUGCGUGAGCCCUUGAUGGUUGCUGCUAGUCAAUAAUUUGGGAGAGCAAGAAGUUAGGCAAGGUUUGUAGUGGAAAACUGGCAAUGAGCGUAGCAUAUGCUACGGUUUACUGACAUACGAUGUAAAGUGUCGUAACAGAUGCGAGAUUCAAGAUUUGAAUAACCGUUUGUUUUUCAUUCAAUGCCAAUUACUCGUACAUGCAACGAGAAAUGUUGAUCGCAAUGCUCCGUAAUACUAUAACCUCGUAAAAACGCUCACAGUUCCUAUCCGCUUGGAAAUUUAAUUCUAUCGUUUUUUACAUUAGUUUGCCUGGCUAAAUUUGGGAUUCUAGGUGUAAAUGUUGCAUUGUGACUUUAUUUGUGCUCUUGAUUAUUCUGUAAUCUUUAAUUGAAGAAUACAGAAAACACAUUUUGUGGCCCUGGCCUCCAAAAUUUUUAAUGAAAAUAUGGGUAAGUUA